AUGAGUCAAGCAAAACCAGAGUUGCCCAAACAGUUAGUCCCCUUUCCAGGUUGCACACCAAUAUUAGUUGCCACUCCAUUAUCAGUUGCUAACAAAUUUUCUAGUCUUGGAUCUACAAUUGGCCAAAUUCGCCCUAGUUAUCAGUCAACUUUAGUAUCUUGUUAUGAUCCUUUCUCCAUUGAUCCUUCAGUAGGACCUUCAGUUGCCUUCAAAAAGACAUCCCCUUACUUGCCCAAAAGCAAUUUCCACUUGUUUGUUAUUGAGCCCAAUUAUGAUAUUCAUUUUGAUCCAGUUGCCAUUGCCAAACACUAUUUCCCCCCAGGAUUUCAUUACAUGCCUCCAAGCCCUUACAAAUACCUCAAGUAUUAUAGAGAUAUAUUACUUGAAACUCAAUUAGUUGAAAUUAAGUCGAUAAGGGAUCGAGAUCACCCCGAAAUCAUCCUUUAUCAUUCCAUUUACAUACACAGAGUUUUAAGCCAAGAAUCAUUCAGUAGCCACCCUUAUGAGUUGAAAACCCUCCAGUCAAAAUUGCAAUAUAAUUAUUCUGAUUAUAUUGAAGCCUGGUAUUCUAUCUUCCUUCACCAAUCUGAGGAUUUUAGCCAUUCCUGGUUUAUUAAUUUUGACAACAAAUUCAAAUGCUCAUUUCCUUACUGGUUUCUUCACUGGUGGGAAAAACAUGGCCUAGUUGAUGAGAUUUUGCCUGUCUCAGUCCUUGAGUUAAUUCAUCAUUUUACUAAGAAAGCCAAAUUCUCCAAAGUUGAUUUGUUCUUUCCAAAACAGUUACUUUUUGUUGCCACAUACAAAGUUCCUUGGAUCCUCAAAUGGUCCUACAGGGUCACCAAAGACACUAGAAUAUUUGCUCGACAAUUUUAUGUUAAAUGGUGGGAUAAGUUCGAAGUUGACAGAAUUGCUAAAUAUGCUUACAAUGAUUUGCCUCUUGAUUCUGCCCCCCAUCCAACUUCCCAUAUUGGUUCUACCCGAUCUUAUCUUUCUGUGAAAGGAAAAUUAAAGUCUGAACUACAAGAAAUUGCUCACCAGAUGAUUAUACAAGCUUCCCAAAUGGAUGAUGAAGAUGACAAUGACAUCGAUUCUCCAUCAUCGUCCAGUUGUCAGCCCAUGCAGAGCCCUGCCAAGACCAAACGCUGGGGAGACUAUCAAGACAGUCAGGACCCCUAUGAUGCCUAUGAUUUAAAUUCUGACUAG